ACUCCCGUUGUAAACGACUCUUAAAGCACAUAUGCACUAUUAUCUUAUCUAUAGUUUAUACAUCUGUAAUAAAUCUAAUUUUAAAGGAAUUUCGUGUACAUAGUUAGUUUUUUCAUUGAAAGUCACUUCGCUACGUAGUAAGAAUCAAAUAAAUAAUGCUACUUAUUCAGUAUAAUUUCAGGCCAUGUAAUUUAGUAUAAUGAUUCGAGUUUUUAGUCAUACAUCAAGAAACGUAUGUUCAGUCAGAUUUCCUAACCUUUUCUUGUGGCGGGAGACGCACGCGUUUGACUUUGUUCUCAGGACUAUGUCGAAAAACUCGGUUGUGAGAAUCGGCACGCAUGACGGGCCUUUCCACUGCGAUGAAGUCUUGGCCUGUGCACUCUUAAAACUGUUGCCAGAAUACAAGAACGCGUCUAUAAUUAGAUCUCGAAAUCAAAAUAUCUUAAACACCUGCGAUAUAGUGGUGGAUGUUGGUGGAGAAUAUGAUCCUUCUAGGCAUCGAUACGACCAUCACAUGAGAGAAUUUAAAGAAUCAAUGAGUACUAUUAUGAAAAAACCAGGAUAUGAUUGGACAAUAAAGUUAAGUAGUGCCGGAUUGAUCUACUGCCAUUAUGGUCACGAGAUAUUACGGAGUGUACUUUCAGACGUAACGGAGGACAAAGUCAUUGAUGAGAUCUUUAAGCACGUUUAUGACACUUUGAUAAAAGAGAUUGAUGGCAUAGAUAAUGGCGUGCCAAUGUAUGAUGCUGAACCACUGUAUCGAAUAGUCACUGAUUUAAGCGCUCGCGUAGGCAGACUGAAUCCUCAGUGGAAUAGUCACGAUGUAGAUGUUGAGGAACGAUUCGAGAAAGCUAUGGCUUUAGUUUUGGAGGAAUUUUUAGAAUUUGUACAGUACACGAAAAAUGUUUGGUUGCCAGCAAAAGACAUCGUGCGUCGUGCUGUGGAGAGUCGAUUCGAAGUCGAUCCGAGCGGAGAGAUAAUAGUAUUAUCGCAAGUAGCACCAUGGAAGGAACACCUUUUUCAAUUGGAGAAAGAAAUGAAUGUCUCGCCGUCAAUAAAAUAUACUAUUUUCGAAAAUCCAGAUUCUUACAGGGUUCAAUGUAUGCCGGAAGCGCCGGGGAGUUUUGUGUGUAGGAUGUUCUUGCCAGAAGCAUGGGGUGGUUUGCGCGAUAGCAUUCUUGUGGAAGCCUGCGGGAUUGAAGGCGCCACAUUCGUACAUAGUGUUCGAUUUAUCGGCGGUAACAAAACCAAGGAUGGUGCAUUAGCUAUGGCGCGCAAAGCGCUUGAAAUCGGAAAGGCUGUACAAUGUAUAAAAUGAUGAUGUCUAGGUUACUAAUUUUCUCUAAGAUUUUUACAAUCAUUUUUGAAUAAUUUUGAAAGCUUGUUUUUUUAAAUCCAAAUCAUGCAUUUUGCUCUAUUUAAAGAUCCCUUUUCUGUUUUACAUUCACAAAUCAUAGAAAAAAUAUAGAAAAAUUCAUUUUUUAAUUUAGAUAGUCGUGGAAUGUUAUUCGUCUCGAAGUCAAUAUUAUAUUUCGCAUCAUAUUAUAUAUUAAAUAUAAUUUAUCCGAAGCGAAGUUUUUAUAGUUUGACAAAAAAAUUUUAGUGAUUCUUCAAAAGUUAAACUGCCGUACAUUAAGUAUAUCUGAAUGAUUUGAUAAGAAUAUAACAUAUCGAUGUAAUAUAUGCUUUUUCAGA